CCCGGACUGCGGGCGGGGAUGGCGGCGGACGGGACAGCUCCGGGCGGCGACGGGCUCUGCACGGACCCCCGGCUGGACCAGGAGGUCACCCGGUGGCUUCGAUGGGACAAGAAUCCUUUAACCUCGGAGUUAGUGAAACAGCUCAUUGCUGACGAUAACAAGGAAGAACUCCAGAAAUGUUUUGGGACUCGGAUGGAGUUUGGGACAGCCGGCCUGCGAGCUGCUAUGGGACCAGGAAUUUCGCAGAUGAACGACUUGACCAUCAUACAGACCACACAGGGAUUUUGCAGAUACCUGGAAAAGCAGUUCAGUGACCUGAAGCAAAGAGGUGUCGUGAUCAGCUUUGAUGCUCGGGCCCAUCCCUCAAGCGGAGGCAACAGCAGAAGGUUUGCCCGACUCGCCGCAACCACAUUCAUCACUCAGGGCGUGCCUGUCUACCUCUUUUCUGACAUAACUCCAACCCCCUUUGUGCCAUACACGGUCUCCAAGUUGAAGCUCUGUGCUGGCAUCAUGAUUACCGCCUCGCAUAACCCCAAGCAGGACAACGGUUAUAAGGUCUACUGGGAGAAUGGGGCUCAGAUCAUCUCUCCUCACGACAAAGGGAUCUCUCAAGCGAUUGAGGGGAACCUGGAGCCAUGGCCCCAGGCCUGGGACAGUUCCUGCAUUGACAGCAGCCCACUGCUUCAUGACCCCUGGGCGUCCAUCAACAAAGACUACUUUGAAGACCUGAAAAAAUACUGCUUUCACAGGCCUGUGAACAAGGAGACCCAGUUGAAGUUCGUGCACACGGCAGUCCACGGUGUGGGCCACACCUUUGUGCAGUCGGCCUUCCAAGCUUUCGACUUUGCUCCUCCCACGCCUGUGUCCGAACAGAAAGACCCAGACCCGGAGUUCCCCACAGUGAAAUACCCAAAUCCUGAAGAAGGGAAAGGCGUCUUGACUUUGUCUUUUGCUUUGGCUGACAAAAUUGGGGCCAAAAUCGUUUUAGCAAAUGACCCAGAUGCUGAUAGACUUGCUGUGGCAGAAAAACAAGACAGUGGAGAGUGGAGGGUCUUCUCAGGCAAUGAGCUGGGGGCCCUCUUAGGCUGGUGGCUUUUCACUUCUUGGAAGGCAAAGAACCAAGAUCACAGCGCCCUCAAAGACGUAUACAUGUUGUCCAGCACUGUCUCCUCCAAAAUCUUGCGGGCCAUUGCCUUAAAGGAGGGCUUUCACUUCGAGGAAACAUUAACUGGCUUUAAGUGGAUGGGAAACCGAGCGAAACAACUCAUGGACCAGGGGAAAAAUGUCUUAUUUGCAUUUGAAGAGGCAAUUGGAUAUAUGUGCUGCCCUUUUGUUCUGGACAAGGAUGGAGUCAGCGCGGCUGUCAUUAGCGCAGAGCUGGCCAGCUUUCUUUCCACCAAGAACCUGAGUUUGUCUCAGCAGCUAAAGGCCAUCUAUGUGGAGUAUGGCUACCAUAUAACCAAAGCUUCAUAUUUUAUCUGUCACGAUCAAAGCAUCAUUAAAAAGUUGUUUGAAAACCUUAGAAAUUAUGAUGGGAAGAAUAAUUAUCCGAAAACUUGUGGAAAAUUUAAAAUUUCUGGCAUUCGGGACCUUACAACUGGCUAUGAUGAUAGCCAACCUAAUAAGAAGGCAAUCCUUCCAACUAGUAAGAGCAGCCAAAUGAUCACCUUCACCUUUGCCAAUGGAGGUGUGGCUACCAUUCGGACCAGUGGAACAGAGCCCAAAAUCAAGUACUAUUCGGAGCUGUGUGCACCCCCUGGAAACAGUGAUCCCGAGCAGCUGAAGAAAGAGCUCAAUGAACUAGUCAGUGCUAUUGAAGAACACUUUUUCCAGCCACAGAAAUACAACCUGCAGCCAAAGGCAGAGUGAAAUAUCCCGUCUUCUGGUGUAAUGAAGUUCACAUUAGCUGAACCUGAUUCGUUCAAGCAAUAUGUUUAAGGACCAAAUGAUUUAAACGAUUUCCACAAGUAUUUAUAUUUUUAAAAUAGACCUACAUUGCUCAUUGUUUGAUCCUAAAGACAAAUAAAAUGAUGGCUAAACUAACAAA